AUGUCUGCAUGCUCGAGCACAGUCAGAGCCGUGUCACGCUCUCGUGUUCCGCCGUUGAAAACGCUUCUUCCCUUCCUCUACCAAACAACAACCAUCCAGCAAUGGCAGCCCGCCACUCGCCCAAUUGCUCGACGCAACAUUACCUCACGGUCGCGCUCAAAUGACGGAGACGAUAUUCCCUUCGAAGCUGACAAUCUGCCGCCUCCUAUCGACCAGGCGCCUCGCAAGACGACCAUAACGGGCACCGAGCGUGCGGCGUUCCAGAAGCUAUACAAGAAGUUCAACACAGAGGGACGCCAACAAAAGGAGAAGGAUCAUAUCGUGGAGCUGGACCAGAUAGCCGAUGAGUACUAUGAAGAUGACGAGGAUAACUCGAAGCCGUCCCUGGACGAGAUUUUCGAUGAAGCCAUGAGGGGCGACGCACGAUUGCGCGCAUCGCGCACUCCUCUCCUGAGACCGAAAACAGGGGCCCAGCCAGGAAAAGACGCUCUCGAUUCAAGUGAAAUCGAACCAGGCAAAGCGCGGAGCAGCAGGGGGAAGGCUGCGGGCGUUGACACGGCGCCGUUCAAAGAGAUGCGCUCGGCAGAACGAGAGCGAAUCGACAAGCUUAUCCGCGAUGCACCCACAGACCGUGCCCUUUGGGAAGUGCUCGAACGCGAAGUCUUUGCCAAAGUGCGCCAGCUCAAUCUCGACAACAUCGGUACCACUAAGGGUGGCGAGGCAGCCACAGAAUCUACCAGCACAUCGAAGAACAGUAACACCGAGUCCAGGCCCACCAAUAAGCCUGAAAUGCCUCCGCUCGAGCAGCGUAUUCUUUUCAAAAACUACGCACACCAUCUCGUCACUGCCGUCGCUGUUCUUCGUUCAGAGUUUCCCGCAUCGCCCCUCCCUCUUUCCAUCCUACCCACAGUCAAGAGUCUAGGUCGCUCCUCGCACGCUCUCGGCGCCACAACAAUCUUGUACAAGAAUCUGCUGCGCACAGCAUGGAUCCAGCAGUCCUCUUACGCCACCAUCGACACUCUGCUCACCGACAUGGACAACAACGCCAUCGAGUUUGACCCCGAUAUCCUCGUGAUCCUCGAUCACAUUAUCAAGGAAAACAACCAGGCGAGGGGUGGCGUCUUGGGCCGAGAGAUACAGAUGGUAUACAACAUGGACAUGUCCAUUGAUGGCGUCGGCAAGCUUGUAGCCUGGCGAAGAAUCGUAGCUGAGAGACUGGGCUUCAAGAAUGACGGCAUGAGGACCACAAGUGAUGUUGUUAGGAGGGUGCCUCAACAGAAAAGAAAGACAUCGACCAGCGCUCCGGCGGACAGGGACAACGCGGAGGUGCAGGGAAAACGUGAUGCGCCCGAUGCUCAGGAUAAUGGCCCGCUUGCUGGAAGCACCGACGUAUCCAGCACCGACGUAUCCAGCGCCGAUGUAUCCAGCACCGAUGUAUCCAGCACCGAUGUAUCCAGCGCCGAUGUAUCCAGCACCGAUGCUGAAGCAGACACUGCAGCAGAGCCUAGCAACCAGGAAAACAACACUCCACCUGUUGAAGAAUCCAAGGACCACCCACCCUCCAUCGACGACAACCAUGACGCACCUACCAGCCCUGAAAAAAUCAUCUCGUAGACAUACAUACCAUGUAGCAUAUCUAUAUCCUUCAAAUAGCAGUCAU